AUGGGCGGUGCAGUGAGUUCGGGUCGAGAUAAUAACGAGUUGAUAGACAAUUUAAUGAGUGGGAAUUAUAUCCGUUCACAGCGGGUAGAAAAAGUAUUUCGUGCAUUGGAUCGGGCAGAUUAUAUGACACCUGAAGCUCGAGAUCAGGCGUAUAAGGACUUAGCCUGGCGGAAUGGACCUCUUCACAUGUCUUCACCCUGUAUUUAUAGUGAGGUGAUGGAGGGGUUAGAGCUGAGCCCAGGCCUGUCGUUCCUGAACAUUGGCUCAGGGACCGGCUACCUUAGUACCUUGGCGGGGCUGAUCCUCGGCACUUCAGGCAUCAGUCAUGGAGUAGAGGUGCAUCCAGCAGUAGUUGAAUAUGCUGUCACGAAGAUAGGACAGUUUAUAGAAAAUUCCCCUGUUCUGGAUGACUUUGACUUCUGUGAACCAAAGUUUUAUCAUGGGAAUGGAUUGUGCCUAACUCCUUUGACUUCUGGCUAUGACCGCGUGUACUGCGGCGCCGGCUGUCCCGCGGAAUAUCAGAACUAUUUCAAGAGGCUUAUAAAGGUCGGAGGUAUACUAGUGAUGCCGCUAAAUGAUACACUGUUGCAAAUCCGUCGGGUGGAGGACAACAAAUGGACGUCUCGUAGUUUGCUCAACGUGUCGUUUGCGACGCUGCGGCUGCCCUCGCGCGAGGAGGCCGCGGUACAUGUCAAACUUGAUGAUCAAACUCCAGUGCGUCUGCAACUGCUCUCUCGCGCGGUCAUACGUUGUGCCAUGCGCAAGGGGGUGAUUCGCAGAAACCCAGAAUUGCGCGAAGCCCCUAGGGCUGCGCCCCCCGCCGCCUGUCCCCGUCGUAUAUGUAUCCCUAUUGAGCCUGGCGGUGCUGUUGAGGGUCUAAGCGUACUGCAUGAUUUGGAUAGUGAGAAUGGUGCGAAUGAGAUGAACGCCCUCCUCAGUUUGGUUAUCAGCAUGGGCCACAACCGAGUGGCCGACGCUUUGCGCUUCGACCGUGUAGAUUCCCCUUCAGAUUCAUCAGAUGAAGAAAACGACAAUAAUGAUGAAUCAGAACAACAAGAAGACCAGGAGCAACCAGAUGAUCCGGAACAACCAGAGCAACCGGAGCAAUCGGAGCGAUCAGAACAAUCGGAGCAACCAGACCAUACAGAUAAUAAUAACCAACAAGAACCAAGGCCGAACCAAGAUACAGACAAUAACCAACCAAGGCCCAAGCAAGAUACAAAGCGAUCACAGGAUACUAACUCGGAUUCCGACGAUCCUAGGCCUCCAAGGCCUCGCGUCAAACGGCCAGAUUCAAGGUUUAAAUCUUCUAAAUCAGAUAAACAAAGACGUCACAGGAGGCCUCGCAGUGAUGACUCCGAUGACCCCAAGCUACCCCGUGGAUGUCGGGAACUGCUCUCCUACAAGGAUAUGGAUGAGCCAUCGACUUCCAGUAAGGGAACACAGACCAGCUCAGGGGAGUACACCGACUCAUCCGAUCAGAAGUCGAGUGAGGACAGAGCUAAGGGUAGUAAGGGUUCAAAUAAGUCGCGCUCGCUGCCAGGAAUGCCAUCGGAAGUGGAAAUAGAUUUGGGAACCAAAAUAGAUCAAGAGGCUUCCACCUCGCGAAUGGAGGUGGAUUGGGAGGGGAGUAAGUCCGAUGAUGAUGAUGACACAGAGAUCACCAAGAGCAAGGCCAAGCGGCAGAAGUUGGAUAGUGGUAUAGGAGAAACAACACCAAGCAAUUCUUCCCCGGAAAAGUGUAAGAGUGAGACGGAAAGUGAUAACUUGGAGAGUGCUGAGGACUAUGAUGAGGCGGCGACGUCGGAGGCGGAGGAGGAGGUGGAGGCGUGCGUGCGCGCGCACCUGGCGCGGCGGCGGCGGCGCGUGGCGCGCGGCGGCGACGCGCGGCGCGUGCGCCUCUCGCUGCUCAUGAAGCAGGCCGUGCGCGAGCUGCCUCUGCCGCACGCGCUCAAGAAGUUUGUCAACUUAGGUCGCUGUUUCGAAUUC